AUGACGAAUUACAAAAAAGUUCGAAAUCUGAACAUGAGAUCAACCAAAGGAAAUAAGGGGAUGUGUAAUCCAACUAGCAGUCGUCAAGAGAAGUGGCAGGUCAGGGGAAAGUACGUCUCCACUUCGUGCUUCACUUCGUUCUCACGUGUUUUUGGCUUCUGUCGAACCCACCGAAGUGCUUACCGGACAGCUAGGGCUUCUGCGAUUAAGGCUGAGGGAGCGAAAAUCUGCUGCACGAACCCACUUGUGAGCACCCCAUCUCCAUUUCUGCAGAGGACAGCAACCGAUCCCUCCAUAUUAGAGCUGCUCCAGGCUGCAUCCACACUCAGCUUACAGCAGAUCUUGGUCGGGGCAGUUUCGCCGGCGUCUGCAGAUGAUGCUGUUCCGCGCCAUCCAGAUUCACCAAACCAAAUCCGCAAAUAUGGCCUUUGCUUCUUGGUUAUCUGGCACGUCACACGACUCACCUGCAGACUUGCUUUUCCUUCAUCGCGCCAUCGCCAGAUCCGUCAAUGGGAGAACGCCACAGCCGAAGCCGUCGACGGGUUUGCCACCAUCGCUGCCGCGCACCCCCUCGACGUCGUCCACACCUGGUUCCAAGUGGGAGAACGCCACCACCGGAGCCGUCGCUGGGUUCGCCACCGUCGCCGCCGCGCACCCCCUCGACGUCAUCCGCACCCGGUUCCAAGGUUGUUUUUCAUGCUGAGGCGCUUUCCUAUUGAAUCUAAAGGAAGAAGGAAGAAGCUCCAUGAGGUUGGAUCUGUCACAGCUAUAUGCUUCACCUGUUUCCUUAUCAGAAGUUUCAUGAGAGAAGCAAGAAAGAAUGACCCACCUGUGAAAGAGACGUCUCUUCGAGACCGCAGAACAUUCAAAACGACAGACGGCGUAGGCGGAUCAAAACCAAAAGGGGCUAUUACCUUACAUUCCACAGAGCAGUACUUCGCGUCUGGCGACAUGAAACGAUGUGGGCAAGAUUGGCACUUCGCAUUGUUCGCAAGGCUACGCUGGCAGUGGAAGCGAGCUCCGUUUUUGCGGAUGUAGGUGACGAGAUACCCGUUGCAAGGAUAUGAACGGAUAUCGGACAUAUCCCACAGUGACUUCAAGUCCUCAAUUCGGAACGACGCGACUUUGUGAACUUUAUAUGCCUGAAAAGAUUAAAACCCAAAAACAAAAACUGAAAAAAGGGCAAAGAAUUCGAAAUGAGGAAAAGAAACCCUAGAAUUCCUUGUUUCUUGAUCAUGCAAAGAUAAGAGUAGUGUACCCUGAUCAGCUCAUGCUUAGAACCGUGAUGCAUCUUGCACUCUUGGCACAGAGCGACUCUACAAACUCUACAGUAGAGAUUGUAAUUUUUGGAGGGAUGAGUCUUGCAAGGGCUAUAGAAUGCGAUGCUCGCAAUCAGCAUCAACCAUGGUGGAACAACCUCCUCAUGAUCAUCUCCAGACGAGACCACCAUUGCAUCAUCCCCCGUCAUUUCCGUGGCUGUUCUUGCUCCCUCUCCCUCGCUUCUUUAAUCUAGAAGAAGAACGGAACCCAAGAGGAAGAAAGAGCGAAGGUUGCGAAGACGUUUAUGAAAUCGAUUCAAUUGAUUGACCCGACAUAAAUAAGGAUCCCGCGAAGAAAGAACCCAGUAUCUUUCAGAGGACAGAGCAGAAUCAGCACGGGCAUGCGCGAAUGUCAUCAAGAUCGAUAAGCACACGAGUUGUUCCAUAUAACGAAGAAGAGGAGGAGGAGGAGGAGGAGGAGGAGGAGGAAGAAAGUACCCGGCGAGGGAGUGUGCAUCCGGAGGAGAGUCCACAGAUGACCUGUUGUCUCGUUGGGAUCCGAAGGGAAGAAGCACGUAAACUUAUAUGGAAACUCGGGAGGAAGAAUCAAUUCGUUCGGGAAUGGAGUCGCGAAUGGAGUCGCGACACGUGGAAAGAGGCGGCAGCCACGUCGACCACACGGAGCCCAUUCGCGAGUCGCGACACUGUUCCAUUUCCAUUCUGGAACGGGAAUUCGCGCGUGAUGGUAUCUAAGGAAAUAAGGAAAAGAGAUCCGAGACGGAUAAGAAGAUUUGACUCUUCUCGACAUUGCAUGUCAAUUAUUAUUUCGUUUUCUUUUUUUCCUCUCUUUUUCCUUUAACUUUUUGCUAAUUUUUAUUAUUAUUUAUUUUAUCAUAUGAACUUACAACC